AUGGCGCGUCUCGUGAUCUUGUAUGGCAGUCAAACGGGCAAUGCCCAAGACGUUGCUGAACAAAUUUACCGUAGAGCUGUUAGGAAUCGUAUGAAUGUCUGCCUUCAUGGCAUGGACGAUUUCCCGCCCAAUCGGCUUCUUUCGGAGGCAUCGUUGCUCGUGUGCGUUUGCUCGACUACCGGGCAGGGAGAAGAACCGGAUAACAUGAGGACUUUCUGGAAAUUGUUGCUGAAGCGAUCCCUUCCCGGAGAUCUUUUGAAUCACAUUGUUUUCGGGGUUCUUGGAUUAGGAGACUCCACGUAUCCGAAGUUCAAUUUCGUUGCCAAGCGUAUGCAUCGUCGACUUAGUCAACUGGGUGCAAGGCCUCUGUGUGAUCCAGGACUAGCAGAUGAUCAACAUGAAUUGGGGAGUGAGGGUGUUGCUGGUCCUUGGACAGAAACGCUUUUCUCCGAACUAAGGAACUUGGUGGAAAAAAGUUCGCCGGGUCCCCCGAUUUCAGAUGAUGUUCUCCUGCCCUCGAAGUACAUCACCACUUUCGGAAAACAUCAAAAGUCGUACGAAGCUACCAAAGACGAUGAAUGGGUCCCUUUGUUUGCCCCGGUAUUGAAGAACACGAGGGUCACGUCGGCCAAUCAUUGGCAAGACGUUCGGCUGAUAACUUUCGACAUAAGUUCCUUCGGUGAUGUUGGUUGGAACCCCGGAGACGUUUUGUAUGUGCAGCCGUCCAACUUCACAGAAGAUGUCGAAACUCUUUGCGAGCUUUUAGAUCUAGAUCCAAAUGAAGGGAUUGAAUUGUGCGAACGCGAGAUGGAAGCGCGUCUUCCACCCCAUUGGAUAGUCAACGCUCGCACAAGUGUGCGAGAGUGCGCUGAAAAAUUGUGGGACUUACGAGCGCUUCCUCGUCGGUACUUCUUCGAACUCCUACGUCAGGUGACACCGUCAGAAAUGGAACGUGAAAGAUUGGCUGAAUUGCUGGAUCCGAUGAAUCAGCAGGAUCUCUGGAAUUAUUGUCACAGACCAAAGAGAACCUCCUUGGAGACAUUGCGAGACUUUCCGUCUGCAGCUAAAGCAUUGCCUCGUGAAUAUCUUUUCGAUCUGUUCACACCGAUCAAACCGAGGGCGUUUUCUAUCGCUUCGUCACACGGCUUCGAUUCGUCAAAGCUUGAAAUUCUCGUGGCCGUGGUAGAGUUCAAAACGAAAAUGCAUGCUCCUCGUAAAGGACUCUGCUCGAAUUUUCUGUCGCUGGCGGAGACUGGAUGUAAAGUUCCGGUGUGGGUCAGGCGUGGAACCUUUUCUUUUCCCCAAGAAGUUGGUAAGCCUGCUAUCUUGAUCGGCCCAGGAACAGGAGUAGCCCCAUUCCGAGCUCUUAUGCAGGAAUUAUUUUCCAGUUCAACCAAACCUCCGAAACCAUUCGUUCUUUAUUUUGGAUGUCGCAAUAGAGCUAACGAUUAUUUCUUCGAAAACGAAUGGAAAUCCUUCGAAGAUGCAGGGUUCCUCCAAUGCUUCGUGGCCUUCUCACGCGAUCAAAACGUCAAAGUAUACGUGCAAAACAAGAUUGUUGAGAACUCGACUGCGGUGUGGGAAUUGAUAAACACUGACUUAGCGAGCGUGUUUCUUGCUGGCAAUGCGAAGCAGAUGCCGACAGAUGUUCACGAUGCGUUGAUAACGGUCUUCCGUAAAGAAGGAAAAAUGAAUGAAGACGAGGCGGACGAUUAUUUUCAGCAAUUGGAGAGUUCGGGAAGAUUUCAGCAAGAAACUUGGGCUUGA